GAGGGAGGGAGGAAGAAGGGGGAGAGCAGCGGAGCCGCGCGUGCCAUCCUGCAGCCCAGCCCCAGCCCCAGCCCAGCCCAGGCCAGGCCAGCCCAGGCCAGCCGGAGCGAAAGCGCCCAGCAGACGAUCAGAGCCAGGCCGGGCAGGGCCGGAGGUGAGUGACCAGGGAGAGCCCAGAAGCGGGCAGCAGCGGUAAUCUGAUCCCAUCCCUCCGGGGGACACUCAGGAUCCCCUCAUGUACAUGGAGCGGGCAACAGCCGUCGCCGAGCCCCGGGCGCCAGUGGACCAUGGUGUGCAGAUCCGAUUCAUUACAGAGUCAGCUGAUAACCCCCCGGCAGCCACCUUCCGCCGGGGUGGUCGUCGCCCCGCCAAGGACUCCAGAGCUAGUUCUUACGGUGUGGCAGUGCGGGUGCAGGGCAUUGCCGGACAGCCCUUUGUGGUGCUCAACAGCGGGGAGAAGGGCGGCGACUCCUUUGGGGUACAGAUCAAGGGGAACGGCAGCAGGGGAGCCCCUGACUCGCUGAGCUCAGACUCGGAGCUCCCCGAGAAUCCCUAUGGCUCGCCGCGGAGGUUUUUUGGCUCCUAUUCCCAGGGCAGCACCUCUGAUGAGGAGCCUGGAGCCGAGCAGAAGAACAAGCUCCAGCGCUCCCGUUCCCACGCCUCCCUGCUGGAUUCGGCUCCUGCGGGCCCAGGUGUCCUGACUGGCAGCCUGCUAGAACUAACCUCUCCGGACGGCCCCCCUGGGAGUGCCAUUGACACAGCGCCCCUCUCCUCCGUGGAUUCGCUUAUUAACAAGUUUGACAGCCGAGGCUCCCAAACGAGGGGCCGGACUGGCCACCGUGUUCGACUGUCCACUGAACACCGAAAGCGGAGUCAGAGCCUGGAUAGUCAUGCACCUCGAGAUACAGCAGAGGAACGGGACCGGGACCGGAACCAGGACCGGGACCGGAACCAGGACCGGGACCGGAACCGGGACCAGGACCGGAACCGGGACCAGGAUCGGAAUCGGGACCAGGAUCGGAAUCGGGACCAGGAUCGGAACUUCAGCAACUCCUCCUCCCCUAACUCGAAGCCACCCAGUAUGAUGAGUGGUCCAAAUCAGGGUCAAGCCCCAACAAAUGUCAUCAGCCGAUCCCGACAGACCCAAGAAUGGGUAUUGCAGAGCUUUGAGGAGCCACGAGGGAGGGCCCGGGACCCUUCCCUAAUACAGUUCAAGUCAACCCCAGACCUUUUGAGGGACCAGCAGGAAGCCACGACCCCUGGCAGUGCUGAUCAUGCUAAAGCGACCAUCUAUAGUAUCCUACGAGAAGGGAGUUCAGAAAGUGAAGCAUCUGUGAAGAGGAAGGUCAGCCUGGUUUUGGAACAGAUGCAGGCCCUAGCGCAGGUAAACCCUCCCAAUGUGUCACAGUCUGUGGCCGUACAUCGUGGGCUGGUUCAGAAGGUAGAUGAGCUGCAGCAAAAGCUGGAUGAGGAGGUAAAGAAACGACAGAAGCUGGAGCUCUCUCGGGAGCCCUCCCGACUCGGGCUGGAACGGCAGCUGGAGGAGAAGGUGGAGGAGUGUCUGCGGCUGCAGGAGAGACUGGAAAGGAAGAAGGCAGAGACGCAGCGUAGUGCCCAGGAGCUCCAGGACAUGAAGCUCCUGCUGGAUCAGGGUGAACGGCUACGGCACGGGCUUGAGGACCAGCUGAAAGACGUGCAAGACAGGCUAAAGCAGGAACAGACCUCCGAGACUGGGAAGGAGGCCCUGCUGAAGGACCUGCUGGAGACCAGGGAGUUACUAGAGGAAGUACUGGAGGGGAAGCAGCGGCAAGAGGAACAGCUCCGGCAGCGGGAGCGCGAACUGACGGCCCUGAAGGGGGUGCUGAAGGAAGAGGUGGCCUCUCGGGACCAGGAGGUGGAACGGGUCCGGCAGCAGUGCCAACAGGACGUGGAGCAGCUGCGCCGGAGUAUGAAGGAUGCCUCCCAAGAUCAGGCCACCCUGGAGGCAGAAAGGCAGAAAGUGUCAGCCCUCAUACGGGGCCUAGAGCGAGAACUCCAAGAGAGUGCUGAGGAGACCGGGCACUGGCAAGGCAUGUUCCAGAAAAACAAAGAAGAGCUUCGUGGAACCAAGCAGGAGUUGUUACAGCUUCGCCUGGAGAAAGAGGAUCUGGAGGAAGAACUCCGGGAACAGAUCGGGGCCCUGCAGAAGGAUCUAGAGCUGGCCCGAGCCAGUGCUGGUGAUAGUCGCCAGGUGGAAAGCCUCAAAAAGGAACUGCAGCGGGCACAGGAGGAACUUCAGGACCUGCGGGAUCAUCAAAGUCAGGAAGCCGUUGGCAGGAGUCGGGAACGGGAACUAGAACAAGAACUAGCAAUUCUCAGAGAAGAAGCUGAACGGGGAAAGGGGGUCGAGCAGCAGCAGCUACAGCUGCAUAAGACCCUUCAGCAGCUUCGGCAGGACUAUGAAGAGACUGCCAAGGCCAAGGCCGUGGCUGAAGCAGAGGCAGCCAUGAUGGGACAGCGGCGGGCGGCAGUGGAGUCCACGCUACGCGAAACCCAAGAGGAGAAUGAUGAGUUCCGAAGGCGUAUCUUGGGCCUGGAACAGCAGCUGAAGGAGGCCCGGAGCUUGGCCGAGGGUGGGGAAGCUGUGGAGGCCAGACUUCGGGACAAGGUGCAGCGGCUGGAGGCAGAGAGACAGCGGUUGGAGAAGGCUCUGAAUGCAUCCCAGGAAGAGGAAGAAUUACUGUCUGGGACAAAGAGGAUGCUGGAGGGGCGGUUGGAGGAGGCACAACGAGGUCUUGCCCGCUUGGGGCAGGAGCAACAGACGCUAAACCGGGCCCUUGAGGAGGAAGGGAAGCAACGGGAAAUCCUUCGGCGGAAUAAGGCCGAGCUGGAAGAGCAGAAACGUUUGUUGGAUAAGACUGUAGAGAAACUGAACAAGGAGCUGGAGAAAAUUGGAGAGGAUUCACAGAGAGCCCUGGGGCAGCUCCAAGCCCAGCUGGAAGAAUACAAGGAGAAAGCACGUCGGGAUGUGGCAGGUGCCCAGCGCCAGGCCAAAGAAUGGGCCAGUGAAGCGGAGAAGGCAGCCGGAGGUCUGGGCCAACUGCAGGAGGAGGCUCAACGGCUGCGCCAGGCCCUGCAAACGUUACAGGCCGAGCGAGAUACAGCCCUGUUAGACAAGGACCUGCUGGCCCAGAGACUACAGGGGCUGGAGCAAGAGACGGAAAGCAAAAAACGUUCCCAGGAUGACAAGGUCCGGCAACUCAAGAACCUAGAGGAAAAGGUCUCCCGCCUGGAGGCAGAGCUGGAUGAGGAAAGAAACACGGUGGAGCUGCUGACAGAUCGAGUGAACCGUGGACGCGACCAGAUCGACCAGCUAAGAGGAGAACUGAUGCAGGAGAGAUCCACUCGGCAAGACCUGGAAUGUGACAAGAUCUCUCUGGAGAGGCAGAACAAGGAUCUGAAAAGCCGACUGGCCAGUUCAGAGGGUUUCCAGAAGCCCAAUGUCAGCCUCUCUCAGCUGGAGUCCCAGAACCAGGAGCUACAGGAGCGACUUCAGGCUGAAGAAAGGGAGAAGACCAUUCUGCAGACCACAAACCGAAAACUGGAAAGGAGAGUUAAGGAGCUUUCCAUCCAGAUUGAUGAUGAAAGGCAGCAUGUAAACGACCAGAAAGAUCAGCUGAGCCUGCGGGUGAAGGCCCUGAAGCGACAGGUCGAUGAGGCAGAAGAGGAAAUCGAACGGCUGGAUGGUUUGAGGAAGAAGGCCCAACGGGAGCUAGAAGAGCAGCAUGAGAUCAAUGAGCAGUUGCAGGCCCGGGUUAAGGCCCUGGAAAAGGAUUCCCGGCGCAAGGCUACGCGGUCAGCAGCUGAGGCAUCCCUCAAGCAUGAUGGACUGAGCUCAGAUGAAGAAUUUGACAAUAUCUAUGACCCUUCAUCCAUUGCAUCAUUGCUCACUGAGAGUAACCUCCAAACUAGUUCUUGCUAGCCAGCGAUUGGUCAGCAAGGAGACUAGUGGCCAAGGUGUGGGAGAAGGUCCUUCCCUCCUCUAGCCUUAGGCUCCCUUUCCCUGGGUCCCCCAGAUAACACUACACUGCUAGAAGGAGGGCCUGGGUGGUGGUAAGGGAACCUAAGCAUGGGACAGAGCAGGGUUGUAGAAUGGACGUUCCCUGCCUUCCCCUCUCCUCCAUGUGAACAUAGAUUUUGGAUGGGAGUGGGUAGAUGGCAGGGGGGCAGAAAGAAUUAAGAGAUUUAAACUAUAGAACUUGUAUUUUUUUCAGCCUCUUUAUCCUAAGGCUCAGGGACAUAUUCCCCAUGAGAUCCCUUUACCCAUCCUUUUUCUAAUUGGGUAGGGAGGUAUGGGAGAAGGGAGAUAUCAUGGGCCGUGGACACGCUGGCGUGGUCCUGCCUGCUUUUCUUUGCACAAUCCUGGGGGCCACUGGGGUGCCCCCAUGCCUCUAGACCUUCCUUUUUCCCUUUACCUGCUUUGAGCCAGCAGCUCCAAGGGACCACUUCUCCUUUCCCCAAGAGCAUGCUACUUCCCUUUCAGUGCCUUAGCUAGGGUGAGGAGAUGAAGUGGUUCUCCUCCAAACUCAACCUCCUCAUCUAGCCAGCAUGUUCCCCUCUCAGCCUUUGUGCUUGUCCUUGCUCCCCAAGUGGCUGGUUAAAAAAGGUAAAACUAGGCAAGCUCUUUUAGGGCCAAAAUGAUGGAUAAGUCUCCUGGUUCCUGGUAAAAGGAGAACUGAAAAAGGCCUGUGCUAGAGUAACGUGGUGCUGUGGGAAGGACUUCUUAUGUUCACAGGGCUUCCAUUGGUGGCUGUGUGGUUAUGAUUUGGUUGGGGCCAGGGCACCCUGCCAGCUGUCUAAAUACCUUUAAAGAUUCACAGAUCAAAGGGCCUCUUCAGGUGUAAUGAUUCUACUGAAGCCUUCCCACAGAACUACUCUUGUCCUCAAUAGGGGAUGCAAGGAUCCCUAUUUUCUCAGGACUCUGGUUCUGAAUGCUUAGCUCCUGUGCCUCAAGCUGGGAAUUCUGACUUCAAAAUGGAAUGGGAGGAGGAACCAAAGACUUCCAUCCUGCCUUUGGCUUUCUAGGACAGGCCCAGCCCACAUGAAUCAUCUCCGGGCAGCCUGGGGGAAGGAAACAAGACUACACUCAUCAAUGGCUUGUAACUUUGUGAUUUUUGUACUUCUGUUGGUUGGGCAAAUCAGAUAACUCUUUCCCUCCAGUUUUUUCCUCCCUGAUUUUAUUUUAAAUUAAAUAUAUAUCUUUAUAUUGUGAA